AUAUUUAAAUUACUCUUCUUCCCCAAUCUCCACUUUUUCUCUCUUCUAAAGCAGUUAUUGUUCUCUGCUCCCCUGUGCAUGGGCUUUGUCUCCACCUUCUCAUGCUCCCUCCAACAAGCCAACAACCCCUCCUUUCCCUCAUGCCCCUGUUCUCUUUGGGCACUCAAAAAGUUAAAAAUUUCACAUCUUUACAGCUAUUUCUGAUCUUUGUGUGGGUCUCAAUCAUCUAAAGAUCCCAUUUUGGGAGGUGGGUACUUGUCAUUUUGACCCAUAAAUGUUUGAUUCCAAGAGGCUUGGGAGAUGGGUAAUUUGUUAUUUUGAUCCGUAAUCCCCCCUCUCUACAGCUAUUUCUGAUCCUUAUAUGGGUCUCAACCAUCUAAAGAUCCCAUUUUGGGAGAGGGGCAUUUGUUAUUUUGAUCCAUAAUCUUUGAUUCCAAAAGUUUGGAAUUUGUUAUUUUGAUCCAUCAUCCCCCUAAUCUGCAGCUAUUUCUGAUCCUUGUGUGGGUCUAAAUCAUCUAAAGAUCCCAUUUUGGGAGUUGGGUAUUUGCUAUUUUGAUCCAUAGUGUUUGAUUCCGAAAGGUUGUUGUUCCUGUUGAAAGAGACAGGUUAUGGCUUUGUUGCUGCUCCCUUUUGUGCCAUUCAUGGCAAUUAGGGUUUCACUUUUUGUGAACCAGUGAAGGAGACUACCACUACUACUACUUGUCUAGAUCAUUAAAAAAAAGAGCAUCUUUUACAUUCUAGAGAGAGAGAGAGAGAGAGAGAGAGAGAGAGAGAGAGAGGGAUAGUAAGGGAGAGUAUGGGGCUCUUUGAGUUGAUGGGGGACUCAUUCGGGUGCUCCGCCGCCGGAGAACGGCUCGUCUCCGCGGCGAGGGACGGGGACUUCCAAGAGGCCCAAGCACUCUUGCAGUUCAAUCCCCGCCUCGCAAAGUACUCGACAUUUGGUGUCCGCAACUCCCCUCUACAUUACUCUGCAUCACAGGGGCACCAUGAGGUUGUUUCUCUUUUGAUCGAAUCCGGUGUCGACAUUAAUCUCAGAAACUUAAGAGGCCAGACGGCUUUAAUGCUAGCUUGUCUGCACGGUCGCUGGAAGGUUGUUCAAAUUCUGAUGCUCUUCAAAGCAAAUAUACACCGAAAGGAUUAUCUCAGCGGCGGAACAGCUUUUCACUUUGCAGCUCUAAACGGCCACACCCGCUGCAUUCGGCUCCUCUUUUCCGACUACGUGCCUAGCUCAUCUGAAUUUUGGGAUAUUAUGAGGGGGAACUCGAACUCGAACUCAAAAAAAGAUGCUUUAAAUACGCACUUUGAUGAGGUUGUGCUCUCUAAGAUAGUGAACAAAAAAGCAGACGGAGGCGUCACCGCGCUUCAUUUAGCAGCGUUAAACGGACAUGCCGAGAGCGUACAGUUGCUAUUGGAUUUAGGAGCUUGUGUCUCCGAAACUACCGUCGAUGAUGGGUCGACGAUUGAUCUAAUAGGCGCAGGAAGCACACCGCUUCAUUACGCGGCUUGUGGAGGAAGCGCAGCAUGCUGUCAACUUCUUAUUGCAGGAGGCGCGAGCUUGACUGCCGUGAAUGCUAAAGGUUGGACACCUGUGAUGGUCGCUCGUUCAUGGCAUAAAAGCUGGCUCGAGGCCAUUCUAAGCAAACAACCAGAAGGUCGCUUACGUGCUCUUCCGUCCCCUUAUCUUUCGCUUCCUCUCAUGAGCAUCGUCAAAAUUGCUCGAGAAUAUGGAUGGAGAAAGAGAAUACAAUCACCAGCUUGUUUUGAUCCGUGUGUCAUUUGCUUGGAAAUGAAGUGCAAGGUAACCGCGGAAGGUUGCGGUCACGAGUUUUGCACCGAAUGCGCGCUACACUUGUGCUCGAACGGUGGCUCCUCGGCAACAUCUGCCCGCGGCCCUCCUGGCUCGAUCCCUUGCCCUCUCUGCCGGCAACCGAUCGUCUCGUUCGCCAAGAUCUCGAGCGCCACGCCACUAAAGGAGCUUCCGUGGACGAAAACGCCUUUGGCUCUUUGCACCACGGGCUCGUCCGGAGGCUCGAGCGGGUCCGGCUCGGUGGCCCAUUGGCUUGCGAAACCAAACAUCCGGUACUCCGACGUCGAACUGGGGUGCUCGACCUCUCGGUCUCUUAGCUUCCGGAGAGUCCCGUUGAUGAAGCUCAAUCCUGCACUUUGCGUCGGAGACGACACGAUGAGUCCGUGCCGUGCGAGAUGCUCGAGGCCGGAGUUGAAGCGGUCGGCGUCUCAUCGAGAGAGUAGUCGAAAGUUGCGGCUUUCGAAUUGCUCUUAAAGAAUCUCUACAUUUUUUUUUUUUUUUUUUUUGUUUUGAUUUAUGCUUUCUUCUCUUUUUUUUUUGGCUUUUCAUUUAUUUGGAAUUUGGCUUUUGUGGUUUUUGUUGAAGCUUUUAACAGUUCUGAUAAUUUGUAAAUAGAGACCAUAUAAUUUUUGCACUAUAAUUUACCUACACAUGAAGUGUUAAGCGAA